CGAUUUCCUCUCGGCAAAUCACAUGUACUUUACGCGUUUUUUACUUUGUUCGAUUGUCAAAAUGUCUUCAUUUUAAGAUAUAUUUCUUCGUUUUGCGUCUAUAAUCGUUAAUUCAAUUAUGUAAGUACAAUUGCAUUUUUAUAUUUUAACGCCGGUGCGGCAUAAUUUGCCGUAAUCGCGUUUGUGUGUUGUUCGCUCGGUCGGUGGUGGGUUAAUGGUGGACGUCCACAGCCACAUCACAGACUGCUGCCGUACGACCGCUCGUUUUCGUUUCAUCAUCGUCGAAUGUUGGUUGUCCACAAGUCGUCGAUGUAAAUUUGUCUUUUUUUACUGUGAUAGCACCCCUUGCUAAAAGUUGUCCGUCACGUGGGGAUCGCCCUUUGGGUCGGCACCCUUACAAGGAUACAUUGGGGUGAUUUUCUAGGUUAUUCUGUUUGUAGAGUUUUCUUGUUCUAAUGGUGUAAAUUAACUUUUAAAAAGUUAAAAGCUUACAUUAUGUUAAGGUGUUGGUUUUAUAUCUUUCAGUUAACUUUCUUUAAUAUCCUUUUCUCUUAAAGGAGAACCUGCUUAAGGGUAUUGGGGAUGCUUGUACAUUGUUGUGUUUAGCCAGUCUAAGUAUUCUAUUUAUUCUACUAUUUAUCUAUAAAAUAAUAUUAUCAAUUUAAUUGUACAAUACCUAACUGUUAUGUAAUAAAAUCUUAUUUUAUCUUAUUUUUUAUACCAUUUUAAGGUAUAUAUUAGUAACUUAGUAGUUGAAGCUGUAUCAUAAAUAAAAAAAAUCAAUGAAUUAAAUAUAUUAAAAAUAUAUAGUACUAUAAUUAUGUUAAGUUUUUUCAACAAAAUAAAGUUGGUUAUUAGUUCACUUUUAGUACGAUAAAUUACCAGCAAAUUAACUUUUCUGUUCCACCUAAAUAUUACCUACCUAAAUAAUUACCUAGUUAUUUUAAUUACAAAUUUAAAAACAAAUUGUUUUUUCAUGAAAAUCAUGCCACACUGUUAAAAAACUAAUUUUGUAAAUUUAUACUCUUAAUAAAAUAAUAUUUAGAAGAUUUAGAAUUUCUACAUCCCAUAUCUUUUGUUUAUUAAUUUUAUAUUAUAGUCUAAUAAUAAUAUGACUUCUUUCUGGUUAUGAAAUGUUUAUUUCUCAUGUUAGGUAUUUUCCAUUAAACUAUUAGUUAAUUUAGUUUGUAAGUUUUAAGUCUUUUGAAUUAGGUGUUGAUAUUUUUAAUUGUGAUUUAGGUAGGUACCUAACUAAAAUAUUUUUACUAUCAGAAAAAUACAUUAAAUUACAUUUGUCUUCUUUUUUUAAAAAUAUAAAAAUUAGUUUUGUAUUCCUGACCUUGAAGUUUUUAAUAUACUUAGUUUUUUUUCAUAAAGUAUUUUUAAAUAUGAUUUUACUAAUUUUACGAUGCUAAAAUUAUAAUUUAAUUUUGUAAAUAAUUAUAUUUUUUAAGGUUAGGUACUAUUUACUUUUACAUGACUUAACUUUUUAGAAACUAUUUAUUAGAUAUUUUUUAUUACAUAUACUAAUUGUACCUAUUUUACAAUAUUUUUAUAUUCAUCUGUCUAAGUAUCUGAUCGUUUAUUCGUUUCAAACAAAAUAAAUGUUCUAUCCGAUUUGUGAACAACAUUACAUUUUUUAUUAUUUUUAAUGUUGGUUUCAAUUUUAUCCUCAUUGUAGGCUAUUGUUAAUCUUGCUUAUUUUUUAUUAUUAAUUUUAAGUAUAAAAAUAAGUUGUUAUUCAAUUUUAAUUACUAGGUAAACUUCUAGGUCUUGGAUGUUUUAAUUAUUUUUUGAUUAUAUAUUGUCCAGAAUGUAGUAUUUGUAAUACAUUUUUAAGUUAAAUGAACUGCCUACCUAGUUAUAAUGUGUAAAAAAAUCACGACCAAUAAAUUAUUUUAAAAUAUUUAUUACUAGGUACACACAUAUUGCAACCAUUUAUAUUAAGCAAAAUUUAAUUUUUAUGGUCAUUUUAAAAAUAAGUUUGGUACUUCUUAGUAAUGACACUACUUAAAUAUUUAUAAUAUUACUUGAAAAAUAAAUUUUUUUUAGCAAAAUUAGUCAAUUUUUAAUUUUUAAUUGGAUGUUAUAGUCGCAUUCAUCGUUUUUCUAAGUGGAAAUGUAGCAAAUAUAUAUUUUUGGAGUUAGAAUGAUACAGCUGGUGUAAUAAAUCCAAUACAAAUUGUUUCAUUGUCUUUCAAAAAAUAUUAUAAUUUUAUUAUUUUUUUCAAAGAGGAUUUUCUUUUUUUAAUUGUUCUUGUAGUUUCUUUAAGCCCACCACAGAUAAUUUACUUAAUCACACGUCAAAUUAAUUUUAAAGAAAUAAUUAACACAUUUUGCUUUGUCAUAAAUAGGGCUAGGAUUCCUAUGCAUUUGCAUGUUUUUUCCUUAAGUCCAAAUUGGUUGGUUGUUAAAUAUUUCCACGAUUUAGCUUAUUCUCGAUGAAAUGUAACAUUUUUUUUUUUUUGCAUAUUUUGAACAUAAUGUAUAUAAUUUUUGAUAAUCUUGUUAAUUUUAAAUUGUAUUUAUUUAAUGAAAAUCAAUAAUUAUUUGGUUAUUUGUCGAAUUGUCAUAAAUAUACUACCUAUCUAAAUCUUAGACGACCGAUAGGAUUACCUACACAUUAUUUAACAACAUAGGUAUAUUGUGAGACAGUACAGAAGUAUUUCACUUCAUUCGUAGUAUGACAAGUGUUGAGUAAAUGUACGGACCAUAUUUAAUAAUUUUAGCAGUUUUAAUAAUAGUACUAUUUAUAAAAAAUUUGUUUUUGCAUAUUUUACAAUUUCUUUUUGCAUAGAAAUUCCAGCCCAUUCUAGUCAUAAAUAAUAUUUUGAUGAAAAUAUCCAAUUGUUAUAUUUAUUUUAAAAAUAAAAAAUUGACUUCCAAAUUCUACAACCGUACAUCCUCCAUUCCCUUAUAAAAUACAUUCUAUUUUAUCUAAUAAAUAAUUAUAAAACUGUGGACCUAUUAAUUGGAUAAUAUUAUAAUUAAAUAGUUAAGUAUAUUGUACUACAUACUUAUCAAUUUUGGGGUUACAGAUGGAUCACAUAUUUUGGUACAUCACAUAUGACAUCAUCACUGCCAGAUUUUCUGGUUUUAAAAUAUCAAAAAAUCUGUCUAUGGUUAUCAAAUUAGCAAAAUAAUAGUACUGUUGGAACUCACAAAAAUAUAUAUUUUGCUAUAUUAUCCUCUAAAAAAAUGACAAUUGCUACUGUGUCAUCCUCUUGCAUUUAUGUUAGUAGCUAUAUAAAUCUUGAAAUUUGGAUUCCCUCUUUAAAAAUUACUUUUUUACAAUUUCAAGUUUUCGAUAUAUAACAGAUUAUAGGCCAGUAUAACAAAAACAAAUUUAUAUGUUUUUUUUAUAUUUUUUAAAUGAUUGAGUUAGUAAUAAUAUUUUUUGUAUAAUUGAUAUGUAACAAAUUUAGUUUUAUUUAUGAAAAUGUAUAAAUGCACAAAUCAUGAAAAUUAUUUUAAAUAGUGUAUAUUUAAAUGAAAAUCAAUUAUAGUAUGUUAGAUAUGAUAGUUAUGUAUUGACACAGUUAUACAAUUAUUUUAUAACUGGGUAUUGUUCAAAUUUUUAUUUUGUUAUAGACAAAUCAGUUUAUUAGUUUAUUAUAAUCAAAGGCUUGAUGUAUACCUAUUUAAAUUAUUAUUUAAUAAAACAGAUUAUAUAUACCUAUAUACUAUGUAAAUAUUAAUUCAAUUUUUACUAACUAGGUACCUAUAAUCAACAUGUAAUACCGACAAUUAUUUUAUACUCUGUUAUUUUCAUUUUAAAAUAAUGUAUAUUGGUGGUAUUACAUUUUCUGUUUAUUAUAUUUAAAAAAUAAGGUACUCAAUAUCGUUUAUUUUGACUUUUUGGUUCUAAAAAAUUGGUUUUAUUUUUAUUUUUUACGAAAUAAUGAAUAGUUGAAUCAUCUAUUUUCUACUGUUAAAUUUAAGUUGAAGAUAAAGUUAAAUAUAUUUAAAAUUAAUUUGGUUAGGCUUAAUAAUAAUCAUAUUUUGGGAAAUCAUUAAAUUUCAAAAUUGCGAUUUCAGAAUAUUUUAAAUAAUGAAUGCAAAUGAGACGAAAAAUGGACCGUCUAACGAAACGAAUGACUACUCUGGACCACCCGGCAUGGAUGUCGGCGGCACAAUUGAGUCUGACUGGAAGGAAGUUGUGGAUAAUUUUGAUGAGAUGAAUUUGAAAGAAGAAUUAUUACGUGGUAUUUAUGGAUAUGGUUUCGAAAAGCCAUCGGCUAUUCAACAGCGUGCCAUUUUGCCAUGCAUCAAGGGACUUGAUGUUAUCGCUCAGGCCCAAUCUGGUACCGGCAAGACUGCUACUUUCUCAAUUUCUAUUUUGCAACAAAUCGAUACUAAUUUGAAUGAGUGCCAAGCUCUUAUUUUGGCACCUACACGUGAGUUGGCCCAGCAGAUCCAAAAGGUAAACAUAUUAUAAUUAACACGUUAAUAAAUAUUUAUAUUAUAUCUGAACUAUUUUUUCAGGUGGUCAUUGCCUUGGGUGAUUUUAUGAAGGCUGAUUGCCAUGCUUGUAUUGGUGGAACGAAUGUUCGUGAUGAUAUGCGUAAGUUGGAUACUGGAUCCCAUGUAGUGGUAGGCACUCCUGGCCGUGUUUAUGACAUGAUUGCUAGAAAGUCGCUCCGCACACAAUUCAUUAAGAUUUUCGUAUUGGAUGAAGCUGACGAAAUGUUGUCUCGUGGUUUCAAAGAUCAAAUUAAAGAGGUAUUCAAGUUCCUCGAAGAAGAUAUUCAGGUUAUUCUGUUGUCGGCUACUAUGCCUGAAGAUGUAUUGGAUGUUAGUACUCAUUUCAUGCGUAAUCCUGUACGUAUUCUUGUGCAAAAAGAAGAACUAACGUUGGAAGGUAUGUGUUUAUCAUGAUAUAUCUAUGAAUGUUCUUUCAUUAAUAUGUUUUUAUAAAUUGUUUAAUUAGGUAUCAAACAGUUUUACAUCAAUGUAACUAAGGAAGAAUGGAAAUUUGAAACUUUGUGUGAUUUAUACGACACUCUUAGUAUCACCCAAGCUGUGAUAUUUUGUAACACACGUCGUAAGGUGGAGUGGUUGACUGAAAAUAUGCGUUUGAAAACAUUUACAGUGUCUGCUAUGCAUGGAGAAAUGGACCAACGUCAACGUGAGUUGAUUAUGCGACAAUUCCGUUCCGGCUCUAGUCGUGUAUUGAUAACUACUGAUCUGUUGGCCCGGGGCAUUGAUGUACAACAAGUGUCACUAGUUAUCAACUAUGAUUUGCCGUCAAACCGCGAAAACUAUAUUCAUAGGAUUGGGCGUUCUGGCCGUUUUGGUCGUAAGGGUGUUGCCAUCAAUUUCAUCACCGAUGACGAUAAGAGGGCCAUGAAGGACAUAGAAUCGUUUUACAAUACUCACGUGCUCGAGAUGCCACAGAACGUGGCUGAUCUGCUGUAGAUCUGCUUUGUAUCUGUGAGUAGUUACUUUGAAACGAGUGAAAUUACAACGUUCAAAACGAUUCAAUUUUUUUUAUAUAUAUAUAUACUUAUAUAAAAAAACAAAACAAAAACAUUAAAAAAAAAAAAUUAAAAUUAAAAACUAUCAAAUAUUUUAUCUUAAGCAGUUUUCUUUCCAUUUUACUGUGUCUGAUUGUCAUUAAAGUCAUCUAGAGAUAACUAUUUCGUUAAUCCAUUUAACGAAAAUGAUAAAUACACAUUUUAAUACUUGGUAUGUUUUGAUUUUAAAUAAAACUUAUUAUAAAAAUUUCAUAGUCUCUUCUGUUUUGUACUUUUAUAUAAUAAUUCCUUUCAGUUGAAAAUAUAAUAUAUUAAAUAAUAUCGAUUCUUAGGUCAAGAGUUGUGUGUAUCAUUAAAAAAUGUAUAAACCAUUUUUUUUUCCAUUAUGUAUCAUAAACAUAUUUCUAAAAAUAUUAGGGAUGGUUGGUAUAUUGUUUAAUCUUCUGCCAUAAUUUGAUUUUUUGAGUCAAUAUUUAAUAAAUUACUAAACUAGUAAAUUAGAUUAUAUCAUAUGCACCUUUAAAAGCAUUUUAAUACAAUGUAAUUUAGAUAUUUUUAUUUGUAAUAAUAAUAUACCUUAACAAAAAUUAUAAAAAUUUGUUUUCAAAUAGUUAAAUAAUAUAAUAGGGUUGAGUCACCACCUAUUAACAGUAUCCCUGUUAUGACCAUGACUUUGUAUUUUAUUUGUUAAUAGCAUAAUCUUCUAAUUUGAUAUUCCAUAUGGUAAUUGUUUUAUUCAUAUACAUAAAUUCAUUUAUUGGGUAAUAUUAAUUAUUACAUACAUGGUAGCAUAGGAUGGCCAUAAAAAGUGAAAAUGAACUUUUAAAAAAGUAAAAAUUACAUCUUAUGCAUUAUUAAUCAAGUAUUGAUCUAGUCUUAAAAAAAGAGUAUACAAAGUUACAUUUUCAAUUGAUUUUGAUAACCGUGGACAAAAUAACAGAGAUAAGUGUAAACAAUUUUUUUAGGUGGCUAUAGAUGGUGACCCCACCCUACAAUGUUUUAAAACUGAAUAUUUUUAUUAUUUAAACUUAACCAGGAUAGGAUAAAAAUUAGAAAUAUUUAAAGUGCAAAAAUUUAAUUAAACUUUUUUAAUUAAUAGAUAAGUAGUACCUUAUAUGAAUAUAUCAAUUAAAAAUGUUUAAAUUCUUUUAUUGAUUUUAUUUUUUAAUUAUAAUGCAGAUAUAUUUGUUUAGGCUAUUUUAGGUCUUAAAAAAAAGUAAUAAUAUUUUUUUUUUACAUUGUUGAUAAUGUGAAAUUACUGUUUUUUCUCUUACCUUUAUUGAAUGAAGUACCAGCAUGAUUAAGUAUCGCCUGGAUGUUUUUUAGCGAUUGUUUAGCCUCGGCAGCAGCUCCACCCUCGACCGGUUUCAACGUCUUCUCAUCUAGGCCUAAUGAACCAGACACAUACAAUACAUUGCCCACCUGCACCGCCUGACUAUAAUUAUAAAAAUAAAAUUAUGUUUUUUUUUUUUAUACAAAUUUAUUUUUAAAAUUCACUGUAAAGUUCAAUAAUACUUGUAAGCUCCAGGUAAUUUUGGAACCAACGGGGAGUUUAUUAUUUUUCUUAUUACACUCAUAAUUAUAUUUUUUUUCCUUUUUAUAUUAAAUAAUAUUAAAAUAAUUGUAAUAUUUUUCUAUCAGUACAUUAGUUUCCUUAUAACCUGUUGAAAUAUUAUCUUUACUAUUGCAUUUAUAAAACCCAUACAUUCGUAAAACCUAAAAAAGUGAUGAAGGUUACAAUUUCAAUGGAUAAUCAUAAGAUUAAAUAUAUUAAUUAGGUUAUAGGUUAUUAGGUCAUUAUUAUUAUUUCAGUAACCUAGUUGCUAUUAUUUAUAUUUUGUAUUUUCAGUAAAUGAAAACUUAUUGCUAUUUUUCCUCGACAUAGAUUUAAUAUAUUUAGUAUUAAUAUUUAUUUUUAAAUACUGAAAAAUAAUUUUUUA